AUGGAACUGAGCUCUGAUAAGCUGGCAUGCCAUGGGAACCGUCCAUCGACUUCAUUGUCAGUUCCACCACAGCCACACUUUGCAGGUUAUCUGCGUGAAUCUGAGGAAGACAAGGAGGGCGUAAUAGUCAGUUCUGGACAAAGCUCUGAAAACCCAUCAGAUCCAUUGCCUGAUGAGCAAGUAGGGGAUUCUGCACCUACAUCUCCAAGAGAUUUGUACCUCUAUGCAGAGCAAAUGGAAGUAGACAUGGAGAGAAGUUUGCGAUCGCCAGCAUUUAAGCAUCAGCCCGGGAGCCAUUCCAUCAUUCCCGUGAAAGACCCAGAAGCAAAAGGUGGCAAAACGUUUUUUGACAAGAUGUCAUCGGGAAGUGCUCAGAACAACAGCUCUGAAGCUUCUGCUAGCUGUCAAAAAUCUGCAAGUGGACAUUCAAAAAGAAGGACUAACCAGAGUGAUAAGGUGCCCCUGGAGUGCCAGGACCUCGUCUCCCUGAAGGAAAGGAUGGCCUUGUAUCAGGCAGCCGUGACUAAAAUUGAAACCAGCAAUGCCUCUGCUAAUGCUCUGGAGGAAUCAGAGGCUUGCAGGAUACCUGGAGGCUUAGCAAGCGUGAAGAACCAAUUUGAAAAAGGAGAAACCGUCUCAUCACAGAAUACACAGUUCCAAUACCAGCAUGUACAGAAAGUGACAAACAGAAGUCAAGCCAAGAUGUCAAGCAGUAGCAAACAAACCAGCCUCAAUGAAGAGACUUCUAAAGCAACUCAGGUGGAAACCAUUCAGUCAGAAAUGGUUUCUCAACAUGAGGAAGCUUCAUUUGAGGUUAACAAAACUUCUAAUGUCACUCAGUGUACUGAGGAAACAUUGAUCAAUGAAGUUGUGGACGAGGAGGUUCCCAAGAUCUCUACACAAUCCUUAAAGCAACAUUUUGAGAAAACAGGCCAGGGAAAGACAUUUCACUCUGGCAGAGAGAGCGGAACACCUGCAAAGCAGAUCAAGAUUGAAAAUGAAUACCAACAAAUGGCCCAGCCAUGGGCAGCCUUUACUACUUCUGCUGUUGAAUCUGCUUCUGCAAAUAGACAACAGGAAAUAUACAUGGCAAGGAAAACUGACUAUGCAUCUGCAGCCUCAGCCACAACCUACAGCAACUCUUCUAAGUAUGGGAGUUCAGAGGAGUUUCCUCCUCCACCCUCUCCAGACUUACUACAGGUUCCAUCUGAAAUGACAGAGUUUUCCCAGUCCCCUGAACCCUCUCCCUCUCCAUCCAAGCACACCCUCCCCAAAGAUUUGUAUUCCAAGCAACGAAAUCUCUAUGAAUUAAAACGUUUAUACAAACACAUUCAUCCAGAAUUGAGAAAGAAUUUAGAAAAAGAUUAUUUCAAUGAUGUCUGUGAGAUAGUGUCUAGUGACGCAGAAACCAGUAGCUCAGUAGCAGGAGAUGUACGUCAAGCUAAGCACCUCUUUGAAAACACAGGAAGCAGUCCCCAGAAGUGCAUGAGUCCCGAGAGAGAGUACUUGGAAUGGGACGAAAUCCUAAAAGGAGAAGUUCAGUCCAUGAGGUGGAUGUUUGAGAACCAGCCUUUAGAUUCAAUCAAAGAUGAAUCCCCUGACCCAAGCAAUAUCAAAAGCAUCGCAGAUCAAGAAAUCAUUGCAGGUGGAGAUGUGAAAUAUACUACAUGGAUGUUUGAAACACAGCCCAUAGAUGCGCUGAGUGCACAUUCCUCAAAUAAUACAGAAAGUGAAGACAAAAUUCCUGAAUUGGCUCGAGGAGAUGUCCGCACAGCCACUUGGAUGUUUGAAACUCAGCCUUUGGACUCCAUGAAUAAAAUUCUUCAAGAGAAAGAACAAGAAUCUGAUGAAUCUGCCACUGAGGAAAUUGCUGGUGGAGAUGUCAAAACAGUGAGGUAUAUGUUUGAAACACAGCAUCUGGAUAGACUCGGGCAGCUGUACUCAGUGGAUGAAGCCAAGUUGCUCCAGCUGAGGUCUGAGCUAAAGGAGAUUAAAGGUGAUGUGAAGAGAUGUAUACGGCAUUUUGAAACUCUGCCAAUGUAUGUUAUUAGGAAUGAUUUGGGCCAAAUGCUAGAGAUUAAAACUGUUCAUAGAGAAGAACUUGAGAGAGGGGAUGUCAGAACGGUGCGCUGGAUGUUUGAAACACAUCCCAUAGACAUGAUUAACAAAGACUCUCUGGAAAUCAAAGUUGUCCGUGGAAUCUCUAUGGAGGAGAAUGUCAAAGGUGAAGUAGGCAAGGCAAAAUGGCUUUUUGAAACACAGCCUUUGGACACUAUUAAAGAGGAGUCUGAAAUAUCUGUUGUGGAAAAAGAAGUCAUUGUAGGUAGUGAUGUCUGUGGCAAAUGCUGGCUUUUUGAGACUCAGCCUCUUGAUGCCUUAAAAGAAAGUGAAGAUACAAAUCCUUUACAGACUGAAGAAAUAAUAGGAGGGGAUGUAAAUACUACCAAACACUUGUUUGAAACAUUGCCAAUGGACAUGCUAAAAGACAGCCCAGACAUUGGAAAACUUCAUAAAAUGGCUGCCACUGAGGAAGAAAAAGGAGAUGUGCAGCACCAGAAACUGAUUUUUGAAACUAAACCUCUCGAACAGAUUAGAGAAGAAAGAAAAGAAUUCAUAAGAACUGUGAAACUGGAGGAAAUUGAUAGGGGAAAUGUGAGCAGCUGCAAACAUGCAUUUGAAUCCUGUAAGUUAAGCAAACAUGAUGACAGGCACAAAAUCCAUGUUGAAGGUGUGACAAGAGGUGCAGUCAAAUUAAACACAGCUGUUUUUGAAACUACUCCACUGUAUGCAAUACAGGACAGACUUGGGAAAUAUCAUGAGGUGAAAACAAUUCGACAAGAAGAAGUCUUAAGAGGGGAUGUCAGAAACUGCCGGUGGCUCUUUGAGACCAGGCCCAUAGACCAGUUUGAUGAGAGUAUUGAAAAAAUUCAGAUUAUUAAAGGAAUAUCUUCCCAAGAAGUUCAGUCAGGCGAUGUGAAGACAGCAAAAUGGCUGUUUGAAACUCAGCCUCUUGACUCUAUUAAAUACUUUUCUAAUGUGGAGGAUGAAGAGAGCAAAGCUCAAAUGGAUUCCACUGAAAUUGUCAAAGGGGAUGUCAGAAUGUGUAGGUGGCUAUUUGAAACCCAGCCAAUGGAAUCCUUGUAUGACAAAGAAGAGGCAGUGACUGAUAAUGAAGAGAUACACAGAGGAGAUGUCAAAAGCUGUACCUGGCUCUUUGAAACCCAGCCUCUCGAUGCAAUAGGGGAAGACUCAGAAAGAGUUGUGAAACUGCAGACAGCGAAGCAAGAAGAAAUUCAGGGUAGUGAUGUCCGCACUGCGUGUUUCCUUUUUGAGACAGAAAACCUAGAAAAUAUACAAGGAGAAGAGAGUGAGGAACUCAAGCGAGUAGUAGAAAUUGAUAUCCAGCCUGGAGAUGUCUCCACCAUGAGGUAUAAGUUUGAAAACCAAACAUUAGACUCUAUAAACUUCAGCACAGAAGAAGUAUUGAACAAAAUUAAGACUAUCCAGCGUGAAGACAUACAAAAAGGGAAUGUUUUGCAUUGCUGUUGGCUUUUUGAGAAUCAGCCUAUUGAUGAAAUAACAGAGAACCAAGAGGAUAGGACAACAAUUAAAACAGUUACAGAUGUACAAGGUGGAAAUGUGCAAAAGGGUUGUUUUAUCUUUGAGACAUUUUCUUUGGACCAGAUUAAAGAGGAAUCUUCUACAGACAUAAGCACCAAGAAAACUGUGAGUGAAGAAGAAAUAACAAAGGGAGAUGUGAAAAACUACAGAAUGCUCUUUGAGACCCAGCCACUUUAUGCGAUUCAGGACAAGGAAGGGUAUUAUCAUGAGGUGACUACUGUUAAGAAGGAAGAAGUGAUUCAUGGGGAUGUACGUGGAACUCGGUGGCUGUUUGAAACAAAACCCUUGGGAUCAAUAAACAAAUCAGAUAAUGUGUACAUUAUAAAAUCAGUCACCCAAGAGGAUAUCCAGAAAGGAGAUGUUAAUUCUGUUCGAUAUAGAUUUGAAACACAACCAUUGGAUACCAUUUCUGAUGAGGAAAAAUUCAUCAUCCCCACAGUGGACCAUGUCCAAGGUGGUGAUGUGAAGGCCAGCAAGAAGUUAUUUGAGUCUGAAGAGACCAAAGAACAGUAUGUAAGAACAGUGAGUGUUAGUGAAAUACAAAAAGGCAAUGUCAAAACAUCAACUUGGUUAUUUGAAACACAUACCAUAGACGAAAUUAGAGGAGAGGGAUCAGAGUAUAAAGAUGUUAAAACGGUAACAAAGGAAGAGGUAGAAGAAGGUGAUGUUCAGCAUGCCGUGUGGCUUUUCGAAAACCAGCCUUUACACUCCAUUAAGGAUACUGAUGAAAAUGAUACAAGAGUAGCUACAGAAGAAAUUCCACAGGUAGAUGUAAAAACCACAACAUGGCUUUUUGAAACAACGCCUUUCCACGAAUUCAAUGAAAGCAAAAUAGAAAAGGAAGAAAUCAUAGGGAAAAGCGUGAAAGAGACUUUAAAGGAACUGCAUUCUCACAAAGUGGUGGAGUCUCAUGGAAUUAUCUUGGAGGCUGAUGAAAUUGGAGAUGUCCGAAUGACAAAGUAUAAGCUGAUGAAUCAGGAGGCUCCUGAAAUACAAAGGGAAGAGAUUAUUAGAGGAGAUCUGGCCAACAUCAUGAUGAACUUGCUGUCCAAAAGCAGCUCUGUUGAAAGGGAAACUAAAGUCAGUGAAGAAGAAAAAGGUAAUGUGAAUCUGACCAAAGAGCAGUUGCUGAAUAGAUCAACAGAUGUUCACGUUGAAAAGGAAGAGGUGGUGAGAGGUGAUAUACAGCAAGCCAUUAAAAACCUGUUUAGUAAGAGCAGCUCUGCAAAACGUGGAAUUUUAAUUCAAGAAAAUGAGAGAGGUGAUAUUAACAUGACAGUAUAUUCUCUCUUUCACAAAAAGGAUAGCACUAAAAUCCAGCAAGAUGAAGUGAUAGGUGGUGAUGUGAGGCGCACAAUUCACAACCUCCUGUCUUCCGCAGUGAAUAAUGAAAUAACAGAAAGAGCUAAAAUAGAUGAUUCAGAGAGAGGCAACGUUCAGUUUUUUACAACAUGCAUAGAAGCUGGGGCUCUGGAUUAUCUGAAGCAACUCCAGACAGGGGCAAAUGAAACAUUUACCAGUAGGAAUCAAGAAGAGGAGGAGGAAAUAAUUGGUGGCGAUGUUGAAGGCACAAAGCUAUUACUUAAGAAAAAGAGGUCUGAGAUUCAACGUACAGUUAACGAAACCGACAUUAUCCCUGGAGAUGUGUGUAAUGCAGUUAAAAUCUUUAUGACUGAGCCGCAAAAUUCAUCUUGUCAUGUAUGCAAAGAAGAAAUUAUAAAAGGUGAUUUGAAGGCAGCGUUAAAUUCCCUCAGUCAGGCCAUAAAUCAAACAACUGUCACAGAGAAGGAAGAAAUUAUAAAAGCUGACAUCCUCACAAUUCUGAAGUCUCUUGAAGAAUCUGCUUGUCGACUGAAAGAGAUGGAAAAACCUGAUGUCAUCCCUGGUGAUAUUAAGCGGGCUAUUGAAUCUCUGGAGAAAACAAGACAGACAAAAAAUGAAGUCCUGAGAGAAGAAGUUGUCCGGGGUGACCUUGAGUCCACCUUAUGGUCUUUAAGAGCAGCUCAGCAAUCUUUCCAGGAGAUAGGUAAAGAAGAAAUAGUCAAAGGAGAUACUCAAACGGCUACAGAGAGCUUACAAAGAGCAUCUGCAGGAAGAAAAACAAUCCAACAUCAAGCAGGAAUAUGUGGAGAUCUGGAAAAAAGCACGGAGAUGCUCUUUGAGCCUUCUCAACAAUUGGUCAAGAACCAGGUUAAUGUGACUGAAAGGUUACAAAAUCAUAUUAAAUCCCACGAGGCACAUCAUCAAAGAAUUGAAACUGAAAGCAAGAGCUUCCUCAGCAAAGACACCAAAGCAAUCCAUUUAGAUCAGAAACGGAACACAAAGGCAGAUGAGGCAGAUAAGAAAAAUGUGAAGGUCUUAUCUAAUUCCCAACACAAGGUCACUGAAAAAGCAGAUAAAUCUAUGGGUAAAGUCAAAGUCCAGAACACUGUGAAAAAGGAAGCAAAGACUCGUAAUGAUCAUGCUGUAGCUACUCAGUCUGCUUCUUGUCAUACUGUUCGGAGGAAUGAAAGAGGGGAGAAACUGGAGGCAAACAGAAUACUGAGUAAUGAAAGCACAUCAAGAGUGGAACCGUCUAUAAGACAAAGACCUGACACAACUGGUCAGAAAGAGAUGAGAGAAAAAACAAAAUUGUAUGGCCACACUCAUACGACCCAUCACAGAGGUGCAGAGCAAGUGGUCAACAUGUCAAUGGGCAUGAUUUCCAAGGCGACUAGUCCUUUUCACAAGCAAGAGGUACAGCAAGAAAGAAAACAGUGUUCAAAAGAGGUUUGUGAAGAGAGAAAAACUAACAUGAAAGCAAACCAAGCUGUGGUUUCCAUGGCAUCAGAACAGAAUCUAAAAACCAAUCAAAAAGUCAGAGCCACACAGGAAAUACACAGCCAAGAAGCCGAAAGGAAGCAAAACUCAAAUGUUAUCGAGCAAAAUGAGAAAUCUAUUGCAAGGCUUAGGGGAAAGGGGAAAGGGGAUGUUGUUGACUACAACUUCAGAGGUCUGGUAAGAAAUCCUCACAACCCAAACAAAAAUGCUAGAAACCUGGACAGAUCCGAAAUCGAUUCCCCACCUCCACCUCCACCCCCACCUUCACCACCACCCUCCGUGACUUCAUCUGAAGCCGACCUUCCUCUGCCGCCACCUCCUCCUCUAACACAUUUAAUGAUGGCUUCGGAUAGACAAAGCUUUCCUUCCCCACCACCACCCAUAGGACAGGCCAAAACAGAUGCUGACCAUUUCCCUCCUCCACCACCCUCAGUAGAAGACAAAUCUGAAAGUGAAUCUGUGUCUUCUUUGCCUCCUCCACCUCUUCCUCAGCCGUCUGUGAUUCCUCAGCCAAAACAAAAGAGAGAACACUUCUUCAAGCACCUAGACAAAACACUGCAGCAGUCCAUUCAAGCUCAUGCCAGCAUUAGACCCAGUAGGGUCCCAUCCAUUAAGAAGCCUCCACAGAAAGACUUGACAAAACAAUUAGAAGAACAUCAGCUUGAAAUGCCUCACAAAAUUGAGCCUGAGGUUCAGAUAUGCAAAGGAAGGGAUGUGACAAAAACCAUGGAAGAAAGCACAGAAAGGACCACGGUGACUAAUGUUGUUAGUCAUGGACAGAAAGAGCAAAGAGUCUGCACAAGAACAGAAGAGGUUAGAAGGCCUUCCUCAGUCACAGAUGGUAUCAAGCCAGAGACCUCAUCAAUUAAGAAAAGUAGUCAGUUUCCACCUGUAAGAUCUCCUUCCCUCCCACCAGAGACAACACAAGGGAAGCCUAAGCCAUAUGUACGAAAAUUUAGAACCCCUUUAAUGAUUGCAGAAGAGAAAUUCAGGCAACAAAGGGAGGCGAUGGAGAAGAAGCAAGCGCAAGAGUCUUGUCAACUGACUGUGAGAAGGAACAGUGAAACUUCUGUAAGUUCAGUUCAGAUAGAGUCAGUAGCAUCUCUGUUGGAACCCAAACCCUCUGAGCAGUACCAGUCCCCAGUACAAGACCCAUUGACCUCUGCAGCUCCAGAAAGGACUAUGCCUGCUGAGCCCAAAGGUCCGGCCAAGCCACAAGAUGUGGUCCCAUGUGAUCAUGAGCCACAACCCACUUCACAGAUAGCCACCACCCGACAGUCUCAAAGCAUCCUAAAAACCUCAACAGAUGAGCAGAUUAGAAACAAGGCUACAUGUAAUGUGCAAAGUCUUACACAAUAUAAAGUAUCUUCUGAGAAGGUGCACACCCAUAAGGAACAGGCUGUGUGCAAGACAGAGCAACGUGAGGAUGAGGCGUGUCUGCAUAUGUCCAAAAACAAAAUGACAUCCCCUACUUUCAAAAUCAGAACCAUCCAGCUUCCCGCUUUGGAUCAACAAUUUGGUGAAACGCACAAGGACUCCCUGAUGCACAGGGCGCGAGAGGAGCAUAGCAGCCAAGCUGUUCUCAAACAACGUAUUCAAGAAAAACAGAAAGAAAACAGAACCAGUUCUAUUAGCAAAAAAGAAAGCGUUGGGAAGGCAAACAGUCGGGGGCAGGUUGAUGAGAAGGUGCAGCUGGAAAAACCACUUUUGAAAUACACCGAAGACAGGCACAAAGUAACAGGCAAAGAGUCCAGUGAAGUGAAACAAAGGUUAGUUCAAAGGAAAGAAAUGGGGAAAGAAGAAAUUAAACAACAGAGUGUCUCUCAGGCUCUGGAAGGAAAGCAGAGCCAAGUAAUUACUUUCCCUAAAGAAGAGAAAAUAAUAAUUCAACAAAAACAAGAGGAAGUGAGCAAUAAAUCAGAAAAAACAGUCAAGCAAAAGGUAAUUGACAUGCAUGAGGGCUCACAGACUUCUCAACAAGAGAGAAACUUGAGUCUGGAAGCAAAAUACUUGUCCCAGGAAACCAGGAGUCUGCAAGGGAAGGAGUGGGCUGGAGAAAAGGCCCAGCAACUGAAAAAGGGCCUUCUUAAGACUGCAGAACCAAAACAAGAGGUUGCCCAGAAAAAGACAACACUGUCUAAUUCCUUAAAAAGAAUACCACAGAGUCAUGAGAAAAGCCCAACAGAUAUAUUAGAGUUCUUGAGGAAACGUGAGGAGGUACAGCAGGUCCUGUCCAGAGUGAAGCAGUUUGAAACAGAGCCCAAUAAAAAUGGGCUCCAAACCUUCCAGGUGUUCUUAAGUGGUAUUCCAGAGUGGCUGGUCGAAGAAGAGAUGAAACAAAAGUUAACUUCUAUUGCACAGGAGAAUAAUAUUGACAAGAUGAAGGAAGAGCUAUCAGUGAUUAAAGGCCAGGGUGCCCAAAUCCUUCAGUGGUGUGAAGAUGCAAUCCAAACAGCCAUGAGGUCCACAAAAACCAUGAAAUCUAGACAAGACUCCCUUAAUGUCAGAGGAUCAUCACAAAAUAUAGCUAAACUGAGCAUCGGCGCUAGUAAAAAAGAGUCUCAGGUGACUAAAGAGGUGAUCACAGAUGCAGCAGCACAUCAGGAAGUAAAACAUAUCAAUGCACACAGGCACACAGAAAACAGAACUGUUUCUUCACCAUCGCUGAGGACACGGGCACCCUCCCCUACUUACAUCACGAUUGAAUCAAGGCGUAUUGAAUCUCCCCUCAGGGAGCCUUUGUCUCCUGCCCAAAGGGAAACUACUCCAGUCCCACCUUCUCCACCUCCUAGGUCUACCACACCAACAUCUAAAUACCAACAACCAGCCACUUCCCCCUCUCCCUCUCCACCAAGAAGCCGUUCAGAACAACUUGCCAAGCUUAGAGACGCCACUGUGAAACUGUCCCAAGGAGCAACCCCAAACAGAUCAGUGACCCCAGUUUCCAUUAUGGAAAAAAGAUCAGAGAUUGUGAAAUCUCCUGCAACUCUCCGUCGACAAAUCAAGCUCGAUUCGCGGCAAUCUGAUAGUUCGUCUUCAAAAGUGUUGCCUGUAAAAGAAUCACAAAUAACUGCUGGUACAGUGAAGAAAAGUACAGAAAUGCACGAAGAACUGGAAACAAACAAGACAUUUUUCAGCAAAAAGACAGGAUACAUUCCAGAAGGCUUAGAGCCACAAAGAGAAAAUGCGGACUCUGUUUCUGUUGCUCAAAAAUCUGAAGCUCCUAAGGUUGAUCCCAAAGGACUUGUGCAUAAGUUUCAAGCAUCUGAGCAGACGAUUCACACAGGAAGAGAAUCAGACGUGUCUGAAAGACCAGGCCAUGAGAGUGAGGAUAAAAUAGAUGUGCUGUUAGAAGAUUUUGAUAAGCCAGUAGCAGAGGUGAAAUCAAAGAAAAAAUGUGUCACAAAUGGUGUGAUUAGUGGCAAAAUCAGGGAAGAAAGGCACAGGUUUAGAAAGGAUGAAAUAGGCCAAACUUCUCAUGAAAGGGAAAAGCAAAAAGAAGGUUUCCAAAAGACUCCAGGCAAGCAGCAGAGAGAACCAAAGGAAAAUAAAUCUUACAAGCAAAGACAGUGUGCAGUGAAAGAGCGCUCCUUUGAGCCCAUGGCGCGCUUUGAUGCCAACUCUCACGGUGAAUGCUCUGCUGGCAUGGAGACAUUAGAGAACAGUGUGGUUGAAUCCAGGACCACCACCUCCAGAUCACAAAGCGCAGAUGGGCUGCAGUCUGGAUUUGGCUUCAAACGUGCGCCUCCAACGUACGAGGAUGUAAUCUCUGGACACAUCCUGGAUAUCUCUGCGGCAGAAUCACCCGAAGAACUGCUGAAGAAUUUCCAAAAGACUUGGCAAGAAAGUGAGAGGGUGUUUAAAAGCCUGGGCUACACAGUCUCUGAUGCCGCGGAAAGAGAAGUGAGAAGUAGCUUCCACGAGGAAGCAGAGUUUAUCAGUGAAACUGCACGUUCAGGGAAAGGAAACCUGCCUACUUUGUCAAAAGAGAGUUUAUCCAAUGGAGUGUCUGGUUGCCGACAAACAGACCUUUCAUAAAUCAUGCUUUCGGUGUCACCAUUGUGGCAGUAAAUUAAGCUUGGGUAAUUAUGCUUCUCUCCAUGGAAAAAUAUACUGUAAACCCCAUUUUAAGCAACUUUUCAAAUCCAGAGGAA